AUGAGUUCAACAUUCGACCUCGAAAAGGAGCGCCAGAACGUACAAUCAAAGCCCGAGAGUCACAAUGCUCAAAUUGGGCAGGAGAGUUCUCACCCGCCGAAUAAUUUAGAUUAUAAACCAUCGGAUGGGGAUGACGCGGCUCAGUAUCCUCAUGGUCUCAAGCUACUCAUAAUUGUCGUGGCUCUUGGCAUGAGCAUAUUCUUGGUUGCCCUCGAUAUGACUAUUGUAGCGACGGCUAUACCAAAGAUCACCGAUAAGUUCCACAGCCUAGAUGAUGCCAGUUGGUAUGGUUCGGCUUUCUUGAUGACUACUGGGGGUUUCCAGUCAACCUGGGGAAAGAUAUACAAAUAUUUCCCAUUGAAAAUCUCGUUCCUGGUUGCGGUUUUCAUUUUUGAGCUUGGAAGCUUGAUUUGUGGUGUGGCUCCGAAUUCACUGGCAUUGAUUAUCGGUCGUGCAAUUGCUGGAAUCGGCGCAGCCGGUAUUGGAAGUGGAGUCUUCAUUAUCAUCACUUUCAUUGCCAGUCCGAAAAGGCGCCCACUCUUCACCGGCAUCAUUGGCAUGUCUUACGGUAUAGCAUCGGUUGUUGGCCCCCUUGUUGGUGGUGCAUUCGCUGAUAAAGUAACCUGGAGGUGGUGCUUUUACAUCAAUCUGCCCGUAGGAGGCCUUGCAGCCACUUCCAUUAUUCUCAUCUUCCAUACACCUGAAAGCGCUUUGACAACCAAAGCUAAGUCAAAGGAGAAGCUCCUACAGAUAGAUCCUAUCGGGACGAUCCUUCUAAUCUGCACCAUCAUCUCAUACAUCCUGCCACUGCAGUUUGGUGGGCAGACGAUGGCAUGGAGCUCAAGCACAGUGAUCGGUCUUCUUGUUGGCUUCCCUUUCAUGAUAGUUGCCUUUGUGGCGUGGGAAUGGUUCCAAGGAGAACGGGCCGCUUUUCCGCCCCGAUUGAUGUUGAACCGCCUCAUCCUUGUGAAUUCGAUCUACGCAUUCCUUUUCGCAGGUUCGUACUUUAUCAUUGUUUAUUACCUACCAUACUACUUCCAAAGCAUUCAGAACGUUAGUCCUACCAUGUCCGGUGUACGAAAUCUUCCUUUGAUUGUCUCGAUGUCGUUGGCUAUCAUUGUCUCCGGUGGCAGCAUCACCAAAACUGGUCAUACUGCUCCUCUCAUGGUUGUCGGUGGGGCCUUUGCAACCAUCGGCUCAGGGUUAUUAUACUCGCUUGAUACUGGUACCAGCACAGGCAAGUGGAUUGGAUACCAAAUUAUCGGCGGUCUUGGAUGGGGAUUGGCCUACCAGGUUCCUAUCAAUGCGGUGCAUGGUGCAGUGGCUCCCAGUGAUAUUGCAACUGUGACGGGUAUUAUCGUCUUUUUCCAAACUGUUGGGGGUGCGAUUUUCGUGGCUGCAGCACAAGCUGCUUUCGUCAACCAGAUUAUCAUCAAACUUGCCUCAACCGCACCAAGCAUCAACUCGGCCUUGGUGGUCUCAACUGGUGCGAGUGAGCUUCAAGACGUCUUUACAGCUGACCAAAUGACUGCUAUUAUGCCUGCUUAUAUGACAGGUCUCAAGGUCGCUUAUACUAUUUCGAUUGCUGCGGCGGGAAUCGCUUUCUGCAUCAGCCCCUUCAACAAUUUUAAGAAAAUUGACGCCCAUGCAGAAGCAGCAGACUCUGUAGAUGCCCCUACUGGAGCGACUGUGUGA